CUCUCUCCCUCUCUCUCUCCCUCAAACACUCUGGAGUAGCCGGAGAAGCGAAAGAGAAGUGAAAGAAGAGCUAAAGGAUCAACAGGCAGCUUGACAGUCUUUCUGUGCAACACAUUCAGACUUGUGGAAAGUCUGUGAAGAAUGGAAUUGACUUUAAUUACUUUUCAAUCAAGACAACUGACUGUCAUGUGGAUGCACUUUAGCCAACUCCUGUUGUGGAUGUACUGAACAUGACAAGUCUCUUAGCUCAUAGACAAGAGAGGCUGUCUGGAGAGGAUUCAGGAGCAAAAAAUGAAAAAACUUUCUAACUGACAGAGGAGAAACUCCUGCAAACAUGAACCCAGAAUCUCUGGACUUGUCCAUCCAGAGUGCUCUGUCGGCUCUCUUCCCACCUUUUGAGGCCACGGCACCCAUCGUCCUCAGCCAGCUGUUUCGCACGAUUGAUGAACGUUACCAUGGCGAUGCUCUGCAGUGCCUGUUGGACUUCCUGAUUCCCUCCAAACACCUGCUAGAGAGCGUCCAACAAGCAGCAUGUGCUGAAUACUCUGAUGUGGUUUUCCGCUGUGAGGGCUGGCCUCUGUGUCUCCAUGACAAAACUGUCAUCCAGUUAGCGCCUGUGAAUCCUCUGCUGCUGCGUCCUGGAGACUUCUAUCUGCAGGUGGAACCUUUUGGGGACCAAGCGUCACGCAUUGUCCUCAAAAGUCUUCUGGAGGAAGGAUGUCGAGAAGUAGAGGAGACCCCCAUCCCUGAAACUUCUUAUCCUUGCAUGUUCACUGAAGAGUGGCUGCAGGACAUCAAUGAAGGACGUCACGGGACUCCUCUGUCACGUUGUUUGCUUUGCACAGACCAAGGAAUAAUCAAGCUACCUUGGGCUAAAAUCGCCAUCCCAGAGUUUUUAGACAAGCCCAAGGUCAUGGCUACCUGUCGGGAGGCUCCUCCUGAGCCCAAGCAGAUCUCACUUCCCUUCCAUUUCAACUCCUCCACACUUCCAGUAGAAGCUAUGAUUUUUCCAGCAAAGGACAGGAUGUCUGCUUCUUUAAGACCCGCAGACUGUUCAUCCAAACUUAUCAAAAUGGAACAUGGAAGACGAACGCCCAAAUCUUGCUCCAAGCCAUUGAUCAAACCUGUUGGUUGGGUUUCACCUAAUACAUGUGACAGUCAUAACUAUCAAGAGAUUGAAGGGGAUUAUGUAGACUUGGUGGAUAUCACCAAAGGGAAGGAGAUUGUGGGCAAAGAGAGGAACAGCCAUCCAAGUCCACCUAAUUCACUUUUAUUCAAACCUGUCAGACCGCCUCCACCAGUUCCACUUGGGAAUAGCGUUCCCUGUGGGCGCACCCUUCAGUACAGAGACGAGCCAUGUACACCGUGCAGCCAGAGAAAGCUGGGCCAGGAGCUCAGUGAUCAAGACUUGAAAUGUAGAUACAGAGAUUCCUACCUGGCAGCACUGAGGAACCCAGUGGCAUUUGAGAGGGGGAGCGUCGAACUCCUGGCUGCCUUGGAGGAGGUUGGCCUGAGUGAGGAGGGAGAAUUAAAAUCUAAGGGUAAAUCUGAAGCACAAAGAGACCAACUUGGCAACUUUUGUCACCACUGUAAAGAACCUAUGAUAAGCAAUGAACCAUCCCAAUACAAACAUUGCUGUGAACUGACACCAGAAAACCUUGUGUCUCACCUUCCUACAAGUUCUGAAGAAAACCUCAUGAAGGAAUCGCCCGUGAUUUUGAAAUCAACCCCUGGUUUGAGCCAUAGUCACAGAGUUCAGACGAAACUUUUCUCCCAAAAAUUAGGACAUACUGCUUGCGUGCAUCCGGUGACAGAUGUGUCCUUGGCAACUUGUGGUGGUGACAAAAAAUCACAACAGAAGGGGGAGGAUUUGAAGCCAUCAGGCAAACACAAAGUUAAAGUGAGGUCACUGUCCACUGUGUCUGAGACUCCUACAGGGAGUCCACUCCUCUAUAAACUUAACAACAGGAGCCACAGCGAUAUUUGUCCUGAAACAGUUGCAAGUUUAAUCCAGUGUAAGAAAGGUGAACUAUUCAAUCAGGAGACUCUCAAGCUGGAAACAGAGAAGUGUCCUAAAAAAGAUUUCCUGUCAAGCAGAGGUGAAACUUCGUCCACCACAGACUGCUCAGGCUCCAAACUCCACCACUUAAAGACAGAAAAGCCAUCUGCUCUACAAGUUCAACUUCCUUCAGCAUGUUGUGACACUCAGCUGCCUCGGCAAACUGAAGAAUCUAGUUUCAGAAGGAUCAGUGGUCUUCUUGAGCUGGGUAUUAUUUGUUUACCAGGCAGCAGGGACAGGACUGGCAGGGCAGUGGUGGAAGUCCAUGGUGACAGGAAGGAGUGGAUGUCCCCUCUUGUGUCAGCUCAGAAUCUUUGUGAAUUACUCCUCUACCUACACUCCAUACCAAGGAAAGAUGUACAAGAGCUUGGAAUGACUUUGGUUAUCAACGCCAGGAAAAAGCCUCCUCCAAUUCACCUCUACAAAGCUCUGCUGAUGGUUCAGGAGCAAGCUCUCCAUGCUGUCCACAGUAUCGUCAUGCUGACGGAUAAGGACACUUGUCCUCGGCCUGAAAAGCAGCCUGGUCUGCAGAUGGACAUGGUGACUUCCACAAAGGCCCUAAACAAGACAAUGGAAGCUUCUCAGCUGACAUCUGACCUGGGAGGGACCUUCACAUACAGCCACACCGACUGGCUGCAGUUCCAUCAGAAACUGGUUUCUUUCAUGACUGACCUGCAAGAGGCAGACAGUUUGCUGCAAAAGGCCAUCAAGAAAGUCGAUAGCAGGAAACAUCUGGACACUGCUGAGGACGUGCAGCAAUGUAUUCAGGAACAGAGGGUUUCAAUGAAAGAGUUGCUGGAAGAUACCAGACUGGUAACUCUGCAAAGGGAAGGAGGAGCUCUACUGGCCAGAAUGAAGAGAGAGGAGUUCAGAUUUCCACAGUCUGAGGACUACAGAGAUUCACUGGAGUCAGUUACAAGUCUGUAUAACCAAGUUGAGGAGAAGCUUCACACGUUGGUGAUGAGAUCAAACGAGUCUCUGCAGCAUCUGGAGUUCCUCUUCAGGCUCAGAGAGAUGGAGGCCAAAAUCACCUCGGCUGGAAUGUGGUUCAGUUCAGAGGGUGAGCAGAAACUGAAGGACUCUUACACAACAGAUGAUACCCUGGUGUGCACUGAGAAGACCCUGCAGCACUUUCAUCUGUUUCUCACUCAGUCUAAGGAGAAACAACAGUCCGCCAUGAUGCUAGUGGUGGAGGCAGAGGGGAUUAUCAGCUCCAGUGACUCCAGUCCAGCAACAAAUGUUUUUCAGACUCUUGUCAGCACUUUCAAGUCCAAUGUAGAAGACUUCAGGCUGCGGGUAGAACAGAGAUACAAAGAAUUGAACACACUGGUGCAUGUGUACAGCUUCUGUGAGCAGGUGUCUGCCCUGGCCAAAGAAUGGAGUCAUUUUUUGGAGCAGGUAGAGCUGGGGUGUUACUCGGCUCAGACCCUAAGCACACUUCAACUGUAUGAGGAGAGAUUAGGUGGAGAAUUCUCCACCCCGCACUUCCAGGCCAUGAAAGCCAGAGCCUGCGCCGUGGGAUCAGGGGCCUCGGGAGUGAUGAGAGUGUGGAAUGCAGCCUGGGUCCAAUGCCAAGAAAUCAGGCAGCAUCUUGAGGAUAUGCAGAAGGGGAAUAAAGGCGUCGAUAAGAACCAGAUCCAGCAGUCCACAUCUGCAAAACCUCAAGGGGAGCAUGGGCGAGUGGAGAUGGAAGAGAACAAGAGUGAGGUGGGGGAGGCCGAGAGCUCCGUGACCCCUCAGCCAACUUCUGAUAAUGAGGUAGACAAAAUAGCAGAAAGUGCUGGAGAAAGCCCCACUGAUGCAUGCCUUAACCACAAUUUGAAAUCUGAGUUCAAAGGAAGCAAAAGCAAAGAAGUGCUGCAGUUAGCUGGAAAUGGGAAAAUGACUAAUUUUUUCCCACAAAACGGUAACUGCCAGUCAGACAGCAAAUGGAGCCCGAGGGAGCACCACAGCGAAGCAGACCUGAGAAGUGUAAUUUCUGCAAAACAAGGCCGGGAUUUGCCAUUACACCAACCUCUGGGUCGGUCCCUAAGCGAGGGCUCAUAUGCAAGCUCCCAUCUGACAAUCAUCUCUGGCUUUUUACCUUUAAACUUAAGUCAUAAACACUGUCACAGCAGAACACAGUCACUGGAACAGAAUCUGUUGCCCAUCCAAAGUCUGCCCAUUUCCCAUAACGAGAGACUAUGGCGGGGAAACCUGAGCUGCAAGUCAACAAGAAACUGUAAUGAAGGGGAGGCUGAUGGAUGCACAGUCUCCACCCAGAACCCUACAGAUGUAAGGACUCCAGAGACAUUACUCACAGCAACAGAAAACAAUGGCAGCAAUGUGUUGAAACUAAAAAAGAUAAUGGAAGAGCUUCUGUCCACGGAGAGGGAGUACGUGAAGGCUCUGGGUUACGUUCGACAGCACUACUUCCCUGAGCUAGAGAGGAACGACGUCCCCCAGGACCUCAGGGGCCAGAGGGGGAGCAUCUUCGGAAACUUAGAAAAGCUCCACGACUUCCACCGACAUCAUUUCCUGAACGAGUUGGAGAGCUGCAUGAACGAGCCCUUCAGAGUGGGACGCUGCUUUCUACGUCAUAGGGAGAGCUUUGCUUUGUAUGCCCUUUACAGCAAGAACAAACCACAGUCUGACAGUCUCCUCAUCAAUCAUGGACAGGCUUUUUUCAAGCAAAAGCAGCUGAAGCUGGGGGAUAAAAUGGACUUGUGGUCGUACCUGCUGAAGCCGGUGCAGCGAAUCAGUAAGUACAGCUUGCUGCUACAGGACAUGAUGAGGGAGUGUGGUCCGGGACAAAUCAGAGAGAUCGCUGAGGUCAAGGCAGCCCUGGAGGUCGUCCACUUCCAGCUCCGCCAUGGCAACAACCUGCUGGCCAUGGACGCCAUCCACCACUGUGAUGUUAACCUGAAGGAACAGGGGCAGCUGAUUCGCCAGGACGAGUUCCUGGUGACGUUGAGGAAGAAAAAGUGUUUCCGUCACAUUUUCCUCUUUCAAGAACUCAUCCUGUUUAGCAAGACUAAAAAGACUGAUGUAGGAAAUGACACGUAUAUCUACAAGCAGUCAUUCAAGACAUCUGAUGUAGGUCUGACCCAAAACACUGGCGACAGUGGCUUAUGUUUUGAGAUCUGGUUCAGAAAGAGGAAAAGCCAAGACACAUACACACUGCAAGCAGUGAGCCGGGAGGUGAAGGAGGCCUGGACCAAAGACCUCGAGCGAAUCCUGUGGGAGCAGGCGAUACACAACAGAGAGGUCCGUAUGCAGGAGAGAGUGUUCCUAGGAAUUGGAAAUAAGCCAUUCAUGGACAUCCAGCCCAGUGAGGCAGCUAUCAAUGACAGAGCCAUCAACUAUGUACUGAUAGGGAGAGAAAACAAGGUGCUAUCCUCUGGAUCAUGUGGGUCACAUGCUGAGCUUCUAGGUGGGCGACCGAAAUCUGUUGGCUCAGGGAGCACCUCAUCUUCCUCCUCCUCCUCUGGAAGGGGUUCCCUGUCCCCAGUGGGAUACCUGUGUGGGCCAAAAAGAAGGGGGUCUGCAGGGGUUCUUGGAGGAUACGUAUCACCCUCUGGAGCUCUGGAGGAGGACGACCUGGACCACGAGAGUGGAAGUCAGAACUUACUCUUGGACAGCUCGGAGUCGUCAGGCGAGAGUGUAAGCGGAUUCAGCACUUCCAGCCACAGCUGCCAGUCUGCUGUUGGAGGAGAGGUGGAGGACUCCUCCUCUGUCUGCGCCUCCGUUAUCACCGUUAAGGAGGCAGCAGUUGCUCAUCCAACUGAAGCUUCUGCAGUCUUACAGAAACCAAAAGUACUAACAGGACCCACAGAAAAAACGCAGCCACCUGUUGCACCGAAGCCCAAACCACAAUACCAGGCCAAGGAUCAGCCCUGCAGCAAGGUUCAGAGCACUAAUGUUGGAAAGUCCACUGAGGUUUGACCUGUAUGAUAUCUUAUAAGAUCUGGAGGCAAGAGAAGCAGCAAGAAGUCCGUUUGUGUCAGCGCUGAAAAUGAAACUAUUUAAACAGAUCAGCCUUUAUUCCAGCUGUUACUGUAAUCUGUUACCAUUCUGUAAAUAAAGCUUCUUUUUUAUAUCACCACUAAAGCAAUAGGUCAGAAAAUUGUGAACGAUGUUGUGUUAGUGUUAAGUCAGUUAAUUGACAAUGCAUCCCAUGAUGUUGCCGAGUUGCUCAAAAGUAAAGUAACCGUGGUUGCAGCUUGUGAUAUUUUUCUGUUGUUGAUUGUUUGUUGGUUUAGAAAGUUGUUUGGAGGAUAAAAUGUCAGAAAACGGUGAGAGAUGCUGAUCAGCAUUUCUCAAAGCCUAAAAUGGCAUCCUCAAAUGUACUGUUUUGUCCAAGGAGGAAAAAAAAGAAAGUAUCUUGUAUAAAUAGCAAAAGUGAAUGGCCCCAACAUUGUCUAUGACACAGAAAAGUAUAAAUGCACAAGUAACAUUUGCUAGUACAUUUUUAAACACUUUUUUCUUUGUUUUUUUAGACCCAUGUCUGUACAACUUUUUGAACCCAACAGUAAGACCUGCAUGCCAGUCACUUGUUUUUGUUGUGCAACGAGACUAGAGCUGCAAUGUUUUACUGCUUAAACGAUUGAUUGUCAACGUUUGAAUUAAUGACAAACUAUAACGAUAAUCAAGUAAUAGGUUUGAGUAAUUUUUUAACUCAGAAAAAGUCCUCUGAUUCCAACUCCUUAUGAAAUCUGGCUUGUUUCCUCAGAAUAUUUUUGGGUUUUAGGCAAAACACAACAUUCAAUUACAUAAUUUAUCUUUGUGAGAUGCAGAAUUUUUUUCAUCAUUUUUUUUUGUCAUUUUAUUGACCAAACAACAAGUUGAUUAGUUGAGAAAAUAAUCAAGAAUUAAAAUAAUCACUUGUUUCAGCCCUUAUUAAAUCUAUACUACCAUACUCACAAAUGUUCCUUAUUAAAACCAAACAGCUUCUGUAUGCAGAAAUGACGGCACUACAUGCUUUCGCCACACUCUUUAGGUUCAGCUGCACAGCAGAUGCUUCUUAUUCCUCGGUAAUGUACACAGGCAUAUCUGAGUGACGGUGUGUAAUGAAUCACUGGGGGAUGUACAGAAGCUGCAGCACUGUGUGUGUCCACGGUAAUGAGAGUAUUCCAGCUCGACCACCAAUAAGAACAUUAUCUAUAAUUGUUGUGUAUUCUGAAGAAAAGCAGUGAUAAAUUUGAUUCUGAAAUGCAAACCUGACAUGGCUUCACUUACUGCACUGUAAAUCAGCAUAGUUCUAGAGCUCAACAAAGUGGUGAUGGAGUUGCUACAAUCUUUGUGUUGGUGCUUAUUUGUUUUUCAUAGCACAACACUAAGUUAUAUUGUAGUUUGAAAACGUGGCUAAAUCACUGUGGUGAAAUAAUUAUUAAAGUGUAAUUCCAUCUAUUA